AUGGAAGUGGAAAGGGAGCGUGCUUUGGCGGCUCUUAUGACCUUCAAGAAGUUUGAUCCUCCUACUUUCGAUGGAGAGGACAUAGAUCCAUGGACUGUGGAGUUGUGGAUUGACUCCAUAGAGACUAUCUUCGAGGAUUUGUAUACGGUGGAACGGGACAAGAUACACCUAGCCGUGCAUUGUCUACAAUUGUCGGCGAAGGAAUGGUGGAAAGGCGUUAAACGGAACCGAUCGCCUAGUCUCCCUCCGAUGACUUGGCAAGAAUUUCGGGAGUUGAUACUUUCAGUUUAUUUCCCCGAUAGUGAAAAGAGAAAGCUUCGGGACAGGUUUCAAAAAUUGCGGCAAGGAGACCGCCUUGUGAGGGAAUACGAGCGGGAAUUCUCUCGUAUCGUGAACUGUGUUCCAAGUGUGACUUUUGCUGAAGUCGUGGAUCGGGCCCUAUGGAUAGAACAAGGCAAUGCAUCUGUGCUGGAGGAGUGCGAAUCCUAUUACAAGGAAAAAGGAAAAGAACGGCCAGCAAGUGGGUAUGAUGGUCAGUCAAGUUCUCAACAGACCUCACAGUGUGAGCAGCGAGAGGGCAAGUGCUUCAGGUGUGGACAGCCAGGUCAUGCGCGGGACGAGUGUCCACAGGGUGCUAGCCAAGCCUUGACGCUGGCGACGGCAUUUUCCUCUCCGGGACAGCUUGCAGUUGUGUCACUUGCGGCACGGUUUGGAGAGCGACAGAGGAUAAGGCAAUCGAGGGGUUCGCGACAGGCAGCAAGUGGCCGUGGAUAG